UGCAAUAUCUCUUCCGGCAUAUGUGAAGAUUAAAUAUGGCUGCAUACGUGAAUGCUCCAGAUGUAGAUAAGAUGAUGAGUGAGCAUCAACUGGACUGCCCAAUCUGCUCCAAACACUUACAGGAGCCCAAGAUUCUUGACUGCUUGCAUAGUUUUUGCCUUGGAUGCCUCAAAGAUCUCAGGGUCAGGCAAGGUGUAGAAAAUCCAACGCUGACGUGUCCAGUUUGCAGUCACAAAACCAAAGUAGGAGAUGUUGCUGAUCUGCUAGAUUACUUAACACUAAGUGCCCUGGUGGAGGAGGUAACAAUGAAGGAACAGCUCCUAGAAGGUCAAGGGUCAAGGAUCAGAUGUCAAGCCUGUGAUGGGAAGAGUCCAGCCAUGUCAAGAUGCAUGGACUGUGAUCAAUUUCUCUGUCAGGAGUGCCGGGAAACACACGAAAGCUUGGCCGCCACGGCUCAUAACAUCUACUCACUGGCUCAGUUUGAAUCAGGAGAGAUUGCCUACAAGAGCAAACUGAGGGAGCACAUUCCAAACUGUAGUAAGCACCUAGAUCAGAAACUCGAAGUCUACUGUGACACCUGCAAUCAGCUACUGUGCAGGCGCUGCUCUGUUACCGAUCACAGUGGUCACGCCCACUCGCUGAAAGGUCUACCGGAAGCUUCUGACAAAUGCAAGCAAAUUGUUGCAGAAAUGGUGGCGAGGGCUGAGAAAUGCCAAGCAGCGUUUGCCACGGCUGCGGAUGAAAUGCGCAGGUCCUUAUUGGAUUUGAACAUCACGUGUUUCAACACCAAGAAAAGGAUCACCAAAAAGGCUGACAGGGAGGUCGCUAGGAUUCGAGCAGAGGAGGAAAAGAUCCUGAACGAGCUGAAGCAAACGUACUUCGAAAGAGUCGGGAUAAUAAAGUCCGCAAAGGCUGCGUACACCAAAGAGGUGAUCAGCACAGAACGGAAGCAGAAACAAGUGGACAACAUAGUGGCUCAAGCUAGUUGCUACGAGAUUCUGAAACUCCAGCAGAAGCUGUUGGAUAACAUGAGAGAGCUGAUAUCCAAGCAGCCAGAGAAAGUGCCCACCCAUCUGUCCAUCAUGGAGUUUGAAGAUGGGGACGAGGGGUCACUCGGAAGAUUGGUGCUGGAAGAAACUGAACUGAAAGGAAAGGUGGUAGGUGAGGAAUCGCACGAGGAAGAGAACAAGUGGCACUUGAAGAAGGAAUUGUGGACAUUCCAGCCAGAUUAUUCUGAAUUCACCGUUGCCUGGUACGUCUCGGCAUUCUCUAGCGGCAAGAUUCUUGUUGCAGACAUCAAUCACAAACAGCUGAUAACAUGCACUCCCUCUCCGGAGGGUGAAUCUAAACUCUGCGUCAAUCCAAAAGGACUGGAAAUCAAAGGUCUCACUGAUCCCAGGAACGUUGCAGUCAAUGCCGAUGACCAGAUCGUUGUCCUGGACGGUCCGAAAGUCAAGGUCUUCAAUCGGAAUUAUCAGCUCCUCGAUCAGUUCACCCCGGGCGGAGGUCCAGAUAGACAGCCAACAUGCCUUGCAGUGGACAAAAGCACUAAUUUGAUAGCGGUGGGUUACGCGGACACCGAGUUGAUACAUCUACACGACCCCAAGGGAUCCUUCAUCAAGAUGCUGCCGGCCCCGAUGAUCAACUCAUACCUGACCAUCAGCAGGAAGAGGCUGAUCUACACCAACUGGGGGAAGAAGAAGCUGCUGUCGAUGGACUACAACGGCGGAAUCAUAUUCUCGGUAGACAUCAGCAACGACAUGCCUGACUGGGGCCCAAUGGGUGUGUGCUGCGACAAUGAGGGCAGCAUCUACGUUGCCGUGUGCGGCGACUGGCCAUCGCUGGGUGAGAUCCUGCAUUUCGGUCCCGACGGAAUGUUCAUUGGACGAGCCAUCAAGGGACACAGCAAUCUACGUGACAUCACAGUCACCCCUGAUCAGGAUCUGGUAGUGGCUGCAGUUGAGUCUGUCAAAAUCUACCAUCUACGUACUGAUGAUAAUGAACACUGAGCAACAUGCCAGCUGACCCUGGCAAGCUCAGUGGUUGAGUUCAAUUCAAUUCAAUUCAAUUCAGUUCAAUUCAAUUCACUUUAUUUUCCAGAUAAAAAAAAGACAAUCAGAGUUAAAUGUAUACAAAAUAUGUGGAGUUGUAAACAAGAGGUUGUAAACAAGUUGAGUUGUAAACAAGAGGUUGUGGGUUUGAAUACACGGUGGGGCUGUACAUCGGAACUGAGUUUUGGAUAAUUUCUCUGAAUCAUUAAUUAGAAAUCGUGGUUAAUAGGUUCUGUCUUAGACAUUAAACCUCCUUUAAUACUCUAAAAUACCCCAAAAUUGCCGUUACUCUAC